UGUUGCGACAGUAUUUAUCUAGUAUAAGAAUUUUACCCUUAGUUUUUAUAACAUUUGAUUAAUAAAAAAUUUUAAUAUAUAAACUCAGCGACCUUCUAACAUUUUUAAUGAUUUUCGAUUGAUUUUACAUUGAGGAGUAUUUUUCACUUUAAUCGUAAUUUAUAAUGUUGAUAUUUUAAACUGUUAUGGCAAAUUUUGUUUAUUUUGAAUAAUUUUAAAUUCACAUUUAAGAAUAUAGUUGUUUUGGUUUUUAUAUAAUUGAGUCUGUUAUUUCACAAUGAUGGGAGAUAAUUCAAAUUUGCCCAUAUUUUCAAAUAAAACCGAUGAGAAUUUUCUACUCAAGGGGAUAGAUUUUGGAAAAACUGAAUCAACUAGUUCGUUUAAAUCCAGGUUAAGUUCGGCAAUGAAUUUCGGUAAAGGGAUUUUCGGGCUUACAAAUGGUUGGCAAGCGGAGCCAUCGUGGAAAACGUAUACGAACUAUAAGGCUUUCCUGGCCUUGUUUGCAUGUUCUGUCAUUUUUUUUAUUAUGUCUUUCAUGUCACUGCCUUUUAUAAUUUUCGCACCUUAUAAGUUUGGACUCCUUUUCACACUGGCGUCUCUAACAUUUUUAUCAUCAAUGUCGUUUUUAAGAGGAGCUGGCUCCCUAAUUGACCACAUGCUGAACCCUAAAAGACUAGUGUUCACCGUCUCGUAUCUUGUUUCUCUCCUGUGUACUUUAGUUUUUACCACUUUCUAUCCUCUGUAUGUUUUCGCAUUCAUCUUCUCAUUGGUACAAUUUUUCGCACUCUCUUCUGUAAUGAUAUCAUAUAUACCAGGUGGUGCCGGAGCGCUUAAAACAGUUUAUUCUUCAAUGUGGUCGUAUGUAAGAGGGAGAUCACGUGGAUCAGAUCUACCCUUAUAAUUUAAUAUAAAUUCGCUUUAUAUUAAUAAUAUUUUUAUUAUUUGUA